AUGGCACUAAGUGGUUGGCAUUGUUGGAUCAUAUUCUUUUUCAUUCUUUUAACCAAUAGCAACAUUCUUCCUUCUUCUGCGGCUUCUGAUUCUGAAUUGCUCCUCAAGGUCAAGGAAAACUUAGAAAACAACGCUGGCUUAUCAUCAUGGAACACGUCCAAUCCUCCAUGCACCAAUGGCCAUGCAAAUUGGCGUGGCAUUCUUUGCUACCAAGGAAAAGUGUGGGGCGUGAAGCUUGAGAACAUGGGGCUCAAAGGGGUCAUUGAUGUUGAGUCCCUCAAGGCCUUGCCUUAUCUUAGAACCUUGAGUUUCAUGAACAAUGAUCUUGAGGGUCCAUGGCCAGAGAUUCACCGCCUUAUUGGUCUAAAGUCUAUUUAUCUUUCCAACAACAAGUUCUCUGGGGAGAUUCCUUUCCAAACCUUUCAGGGUUUGCAGUGGCUCAAGAAAAUCCAUUUGUCAAACAACCAGUUCACGGGUGAAGUUCCAAUCUCGGUGGCUUCGUUGCCGAGGCUCUUGGAGUUGAGGUUGGAUGGAAACCAAUUCACUGGCGCCAUUCCUCGUUUUCACAGACACAGGUUAAGAUCAUUCAGCGUCGCUAAUAAUCAGUUGCAUGGCCAAAUUCCUCCUUCCCUUAGUAAAUUUCCGGUUUCUUCUUUUUCUGGUAAUGAAAGGUUAUGUGGAACCCCUUUGGAAGCAUGCAAGGCCAAGACAUCCACAGUGAGCAUCAUUGUGGCUGUGGUAGUUGUUUGCGUGGCAGUGAUUGUGAUUGGAGCAGUCAUAUUCAUCCUCCACAGAAGAAGACAAAGAUCAGCAGCAUGCAUCGAGAAUUCUGAAAGUGGUCUCAGCAAGGGAAGAGCCAGGGACAUUAGUAAUGAAAGCAGAAGGUCAUCGUCCAUUAGCUCCAACCGCAGCAGAAGAGGAGGGGAACACAUGAGGCUCUCUUUUCUGCAUGAUGACAGAGAGAGGUUUGAUUUGCAAGAGUUGCUGAGAGCCUCUGCUGAGAUAUUGGGCAGUGGCUGCUUCAGCUCUUCCUACAAGGCUUCUCUGCUGGAUGGGCCAACCAUAGUGGUGAAGAGGUUCAAGCAGAUGAACAAUGUUGGAAAGGAAGAGUUUCAAGAGCACAUGAGGAGGAUUGGGAGGUUGAGUCAUCCUAACUUGCUUCCUCCUGUGGCUUACUAUUAUAGGAAGGAGGAGAAGCUCAUGGUCACUGACUUUGUUCAGAAUGGAAGUUUGGCUGUUCGACUUCAUGGACACCAAUCCCUGGGAGAACCUAGCCUUGAUUGGCCAAUCCGGUUGAAGAUUGUGAAAGGCAUAGCAAAGGGUCUUGAAUAUCUAUACAGGGACAUGCCAAGACUAAUAGCACCCCAUGGAAACCUUAAGUCCUCCAAUGUCCUCUUGACAGAGUCUUUUGAGCCUCUCCUCACAGACUAUGGCCUAGUCCCAGUGAUCAACCAAGAACUGGCUCAAGACAUCAUGGUCAUAUACAAGUCUCCUGAGUACUUGCAACAAGGAAGAAUCACAAAGAAGACUGAUGUGUGGUGUCUUGGAAUACUAAUUCUUGAGAUCCUAACUGGGAAAUUCCCUGCCAACUUUUUGCAACAAGGGAAGGGUAGUGAGGUGAGUUUGGCAAGUUGGGUGCAUUCAGUGGUCCCAGAAGAGUGGACCAAUGCAGUGUUUGAUCAAGAGAUGGGGGCAACACAGAACUGUGAGGGAGAGAUGGGGAAGCUUUUGAAGAUUGCUUUGUGUUGUUGUGAAGGGGAUGUGGACAAGAGAUGGGAUUUGAAGGAAGCAGUAGAGAAAAUCCAGGAGGUGAAGCAGAGAGAUCAUGAUCAAGAAAAUUUUUAUACUUCUUAUGCUAGUGAAGCAGACCUGAAGUCUUCGACUUGAAAAUAUUAAUUUGAUACUAAAUACAAAUUUAGUUACUCAUUCAUUCAUUGA